CCAACAAUGUCUCAAUCGGAUGCUGAAAACUCAGAUUCUCCGAGGAGGAGGUUCGAACUAGAGGUCCACGACAAGGACACAAAAGAUGCCUUCAGUAAGGGAGACCCAGAUGCAAAAAGAGAUAAGCCACCCAUGGAUUCACACAUGCAGGGUGAAAGUAACAAUUUCUCUCCUGAUAUCGGUAUCAACUAUGAUUUCCUUCCAUCGCUGCCAGGCUCCAAACUCAAGCCCCCUGACAUUGAUCGAAAAGAUGUUUACAUAAGAGACAGAAUCUUUGAAGCUGUUGUCAACCAUGACACCGAGGACCUUGCUGGAUUGAAAAACUAUUUGCGCAUAAUCCCGAAACAUCUUACUAGCAUGGAAUAUAAAGAUCCUGACACAGGGAAGACAUGUUUAUUAAAGGCCAUGUGGUAUCUAAAAAAUGGAAUGAAUGAUACAAUUCCUAUAUUGCUGGAAGCUGAUGAGACGCCUGGUAAAGCGAAGGAACUGGUUAACGCAGCAUAUACCCAUGAAUAUUACAAAGGACAGACAGCUCUCCACAUAGCAAUUGAGAAGAGAAGCCUUCAACUGGUCCAGCUGCUAAUAAAACACAACGCUGAUGUCCGUGUCAAAGCAGAGGGCAUGUUUUUCCAGAGAAGGAAGAAAGGAGUCAGUUUUUACUUUGGUGAACUUCCCCUUUCUCUCGCUGCCUGCACUAACCAGCCUGAUAUUGUCGACUAUCUCCUAAACAAUCCAUAUCAAAAGGCUGACUUAAAAGCCGGAGAUAGUCAUGGGAACACAGUCCUGCAUGCUCUGGUUUAUGUGGCUGAUAACACAGAGAAGAACACUAAGAUAAUCACUGAAAUGUAUGAUGACAUUCUGAAGAAAUCCAUAACAAUUGAUCCAGAGAUGGGCCUGGAGGAAAUUGCCAACUGCGAAGGUUUAACACCACUAAAGCUGGCAGCAAAAACUGGUAAAAUUGAGUUGUUCAAACACAUACUGCGGAGGGAGAUUACAGAGCCAGGUUAUACACAUCUGUCUCGGAAGUUCACGGAAUGGACAUAUGGCCCAGUGCACAUUUCUCUAUAUGACAUGUCAACUGUGGACUCAUUUGAAGCUGACUCUGUCCUGGAAACGAUUGUAUUCAACAGUAACGCCAAUAAUCGAUAUGAAAUGAUAGUGUUGGAACCCAUCAACCGUUUGCUGCAGGAAAAAUGGGAUUCUUUUGCUGGCAAGAUUUUCUAUCUGAAGUUUUUGUUCUAUAUGUUGUACAUAAUCAUAUUCACAGUGACAGCUUAUAACAGGCCACUUGAAGGACAGCCCCCAUUCCCCCUGGAAGGGACACACAAAGACAACCUGCGUGUACUUGGAGAAGUCAUCAUCAUGUUUGGUGGACUUUAUAUACUAAUAUGUCAGAUAAUAUAUUUUUUGAAGAGACGUCCUUCUUUACAAACUUUAAUAAUGGAUGGGUACUUUGAAGUCCUCUUUUUUCUGCAGGCCGUUAUUGUCCUGAGCAGUGGUGUUGUCUACCUGGCAGGCAGUGAAGUCUAUGUUGCCCUGUUGGUGUUUGCGCUGGUUCUUGGCUGGGUGAAUUUGCUGUAUUACACUCGAGCAUUCCAGCAGACCGGAAUUUACAGUGUUAUGAUUCAGAAGACCAUCCUGCGUGAUAUGCUUCGCUUCCUCUUAGUUUACCUAGUCUUCCUCUUUGGGUUUGCUGCAGCUUUGGUAACACUUAUUGGGGAAGCUCCUCAGAAGGCAGAGAAUAGCACUAAUGCUAGACCAAGAGAGGCAGGAAACUCAUAUUCAGGUCUUUACUUUGCUAUUCUGGAGCUCUUCAAGUUUACUAUUGGCAUGGGAGACCUGGAGUUCAAUGAAAACCUGAAGUUUAAGCACUUUUUCAUGUUCCUGCUGAUCUUGUAUGUGAUUUUUACCUACAUUCUCCUCCUGAACAUGCUCAUUGCUUUAAUGAGUGAAACGGUAAAUGAAGUCUCUAAAGAAAGCAAGAGUGUAUGGAAACUACAGAGAGCGGCUACAAUCCUGGAUAUUGAGAAGUUCCUGCCUAUGUGCUUUGUAACAAAACAUAGGUCUGGGAAAAGGGUUAAAGUGGGAUUAAAACCUAAUAAAGAGCCAGAUGAAAGAUGGUGCUUUAGAGUGGAAGAAAUACAGUGGGAAUCCACUGGGGAGAAUCUGUCCUGCAUUAAUAAGGAGGAGCCUGGCGACAAGGAAAUGGCAGAGAAGCUUCAUAAACAACCCAAAGGACAGAGUAAGUCAGCUUCCCGUGCUCGAGAAGAAGCAAUAGAAGAGGAGCUAGAGCCACUAAAGUCUGUGCCCACAAGCCCAUCAAAUGAUGAAAAAGUCUGAGACAGGAGGCCAAAGCCUAAGGAUAGCCACGACUCCUCACUCAAACUUCUGUUUAUCAAAUAGACAUCUCAUUCAUACAGGAAUAUUUCUUCAUUGAAUUAAAAUGUGGACAUUAAUAUAAUGCU